AGAGAGAGAGAGAGAGGAGAGAAGGAAAAUAUAUAAGGUGGCUUUUUGGAAUGUGGCGGGAUUAACAGAUAAAGAUAAAGAGUUUUGGAAAGGGCUGGAGGAAUGGAAUGUAAUGGUGUUAUGUGAGAAGUGGGUGGAUGGUAAGGGAUGAGAAAAGAUAAAGGAAAGGCUGCCGAGAGGUUACGUGUGGGAAGUGCAGAAAGCAGGGAGGAAGAAUCGGAAAGGAAGGGCGGUAGGAGGAAUGAUAGUAGGGGUAAGGGUAGGGGUCAAAAUGGAAAACGGAAGGACGAAAAAAGAUAAAGAAGGGAUGCUAUGGAUAAAGGUGAGGUUAGGAAAAAAGUGGUGGAACAUAGUAGGAGUGUAUAUAAAUAAGAUAUGGACAGGAAAUUGUUAGACCUAAAGUAAUGGGUGGAGGAGAUAGAGACGGGAGUGAGGGUGCUGAUAGGGGGAAUUUUAACGCAAGGACGGGGAAAGAGGGGGGGAUUCGUAGAAGAGAGAGAGGAAGAGAGAGGAGAAGGGGAAAGAAGAACAAAAGUUGGCAAGGUAAACGGGGAGGAAAGAAAAUUAUGCAGAUUUUUGGAGGAGCAUGGAUAGGCGGUUUUUAACGGAGGAAUCAGAGAAGAUGAGGAGAGAGAAUGGACGUAUACAGGGAGGAGAGGGGAGUCGGUGAUUGACUGCGUGUUGGGGGACAGGAGGACAAGGGAGAGGAUAGAACGGGUAGUGGUGGAAGCGAAGGUCGACUCAGACCACCAGUCAGUGACGGCGUGGGUAGAAAGGGUGAAGGACGGUUUGGGUAAAAGGAAGAGGGCAAGGGCGGAAGUGAGAGAGGAGAUUGGUCGGAGGAGGGCAGAAAAAAAAUUUAAAGAGUUAGUGGGGGAUAUGCAAAUUCAGGAAGGGGAGUGAAAGAGGAGUGGCAGGGGCUGAAAAGGAGGAUAGGAAAGGUAUUAAGAGAAGUGAAUGGGAAAGGCAAAAAGGGCGGAAAAAGGGGCUGUUGGGGUAAAGAAUGUAAGGAAGAGAAGAGAAAAGUCUCAUGUUAAGGAAAUAAAGAAGGGAAGGAAAGAAGAGUAACAGUUAUAGGGAGGAAAAACAGCGAUACAAGAAGUUGUAUAAGGAGAAGAAAAGAAGAGAAGUGGAGAAAUGGGAAGGGGAGGUAAAGGAGAUUAGGACAGAUAUAGAAGGUGGUAAACAGGGAGAGAAAGAGGAGAAGAAGGUUGAACGAGGGAAUUAGUAUGCAGGAAUAGGAUAGGUAUUUCAGAGAUUUGUUGGGAGGAGUUGGAGGAGGAAGAGGAGAAGAUAAGAAGAGAAGAGAUGUGGGAAAUAGUGGAAAAGCUUAGGGAGGGAAAAGCGAUGGGAAGUUAUGGAAUUCCAAAUGAGGUAUGAAAGUUUGGAGGGGAAGUGGUGAAGGAAUGGUUGUGGGAGGUAUAUAAUAGAGUGUGGAAAGAAGAGGGUUGGCCGGAAGUUUGGAGAGAGGGAAUUAUAGUGCCCAUAAGAAAGAAGGGGAAGGGGGAGAAAGUGAGGGACGACAGAGGGGUGAUGUUAGGACAAACGGCAUACAAGGUGUACGCUGCUGUUUUGGCGGAAAGGUUGAGGAAGGAGGUAGCAGAAAAGGGAUUGCUUCUGCAGAGUCAGACAGGGUUUAGGAGAGGGGUAGGGACUACGGACCACAUGUAUGUAUUAAAUUACUUAAUAAAUAGGCAGGUAAAUUAAAGAAGGGGAAGAUGGUGGUGUUGUUCGUGGACUUGAAGACAGCUUUUUUGACUUGGUGGACAGAAGGAUUCUGGUGGAAGCGAUGAGGAAAAGAGAAGUGAGGGAGGGCUUGAUGAUGAGAUGUAAGAAGCUGUUGAGGGAUGCAGGGUGAGGGUGGGAGAGGAGCUGGGAGAGAGGUUUUGAACAGGAAGGGGAGUUAGACAGGGGUGCCCGUUAAGCCCAAUUUUGUUUACGUUGCUGCUGACGGACAAAGAAAGGUACCGAAUGAAAAAAUUAGAGUGUAAUAAGUCUUCUAUAAGAAAUAAAAAAAAAAAAAUAUGAGAGAGAUAAGUACGUGAAGUAAGCGGAGAGGAAAGAGGAAUGAGAGGUGGUGACGAUUAGAUAUUAGUACAGUAAAGGAGAAAAAGGAAUGAAUUAACGGAGAGAAAUAGUGGAAUGGGAUAAAUAUUUUAGAAUAAAUAUAACGGAAAAUAUAUGGACAUGGAUAGCGCGCGCGUUAGUGCAGUGUAAGGAGUAGUUAAGUGUAAGGAAAAAAAUGUAAGCCGAGGAGGCAAAGUGUGAUAAGUCUUAUGCGAGAAGUAAAAAGAAAGAAGAAAACAAAAUAUGGGAGAGACAGAUAUGUGAAGUGAGCGGAGAGAAAAAAAGAAACGAGAAGUGGCGAAUGGACAUUGGUACAGUGGAUGAGAAAGGGAAUACAUUUUAACGGAGGGAAAUGGUGAUGUGGGAUGAGUGUUUUAAGGUGAAAUGGAACGGAAAAAGUUUGAAGCGCGCGCGUAGCGCGCGUGUGUGCUAGUCUAUAAUAAAAAAAUCCAUGGAGACGCGAGAAGUUGUUGUUUGGAGUCGAAUAUCUCGCACGUAGUGUUGUCGCUUUUCCGCGCGUCUGAUUGGCCGGUCGAAGCCGGGUGAUCGCGAGUCGCGAGAUCGCGGCGAGUUCCGCGAGUUUCGUGCGUAUGUAUCGUGACUUGACAGCUCGCGUCGUGUCGCGAGGUUAAUAUAUUAAUGUGACAGUUAAUACAUGAAUAUUCAAUAAGCGUGAAAAGUUGACAUUACAAAUAUAGUUAGAAGAAAAUUCAUGCACAUUUAAGAUAUAAUAUAGAGAGACGCAUGAAGCUGUUAAGAAAGACCGAUCUAUGUUGGAAUACAGCGAUAACCUAAAAAUCGAUAGAUAGUGACAGUCGUGACCAUCGCCGCAUGAUAGAUAGUGAUAGUGAAAUAUAUAUUGACGGCAGGGAGCUGAUGCCGAGGAGAUCUUUAAGAAAGAAGGAGUAUCCAAAAUCGCACACGAACAUUUUAUAUUUAACUAUGUGGUAUACAAUUUUGCUGCUAUAUAUUUACCACAAGGAGCUGAUACCGAAGAGAUCGUUAAGAAGGAAGGUGUAUCCAAAAUUGCAAAUGGGACUUGUGAGUUAUGCGAAGCAAUUGAUACUGUUAAGGUUCAUUGGUCAUAUGAAGUUUGCACACGUCAAGCUUGACAUCCUAAAGAUCACAAUGCAUUCUGAAAACGAUACCGUGCAGGUUUGUUGGCGUAUACGUGGUGUCACAGGCUGGAAGAUGGUACGACGGCUUUUUUAUUUUUUACGUUAAUGCUGAAUGGAAAAGUCUAUAAGCAUAUUGCGGACAAGAUGAUGCCUAAUCAGGAUACAGCCACGAAAAAGAAAGAUAUGCACAUGGCAGGAAAAUUAGCGCUAUUCACAGGCC